AUGGAGAGUAAACAUCACUUUGUGUUAGUUCACAACGCUUUUCAUGGAGCUUGGAUCUGGUUCAAGCUCAAGCCCCUCCUUGAAUCCGUCGGCCACCGUGUCACUGCCGUCGAACUAGCCGCCUCCGGGAUCGAUCCACGACCGAUCCAAGCCGUUGAGUCUUUCGACGAAUACUCUCAACCGUUGAUCCAAACACUCGAAUCUCUCCCGGAGAAUGAACAAGUCAUUCUCGUUGGAUCUAGCUUCGGAGGCAUCAACAUUGCUUUUGCCGCCGAUAAGUUACCGGAGAAGAUUAAGGUUCUUGUGUUCCUCAACGCUUUCUUGCCCGACACAACCCACGUGCCCUCUCACGUGCUAGAUAAGUAUACGGAGAUGCAUGGAGAUUUUGAAGAUUGUGGGCUUUCGUCUCAUGAAACAAGAAAUGGAGCAAUGAGUUUGUUAAAGAUGGGACCUAAAUUCAUGAAGACUCGUCUUUACCAAGAAUGUCCAAUUCAGGAUUACGAGCUAGCGAAGAUGUUGCAUAGGCAAGGGUCAUUUUUCAAAGAGGAUUUAUCAAAGAAACAUAAAUUUAGUAAAGAAGGGUAUGGUUCGGUGCGACGAGUGUACAUAAUGGGAUGUGAAGACAAAGGCAUUCCUUCCGAUUUCAUUCGUUGGAUGAUUGAUAAUUUCAACGUCUCAAAAGUCUACAAGAUCGACGGUGGAGAUCACAUGCUAAUGCUCUCUAAACCAAAACAACUCUUUGACUCUCUCUCUGUUAUCGCCGCCGAUUAA